AUGGAAGGGCAAUAUUUAAAAAAUCUAGAAAUUGCAUUAAAAAAUAAAAAUGUUAAUAGUACAUAUUUAACUAAAACUAAAUACGAUGAAUUAAUAUCUGAAGUAAAACAACUUAAACUGAAAUCAAGAGGCCAUAAACUUUUGAAAAAAUAUGAUGUAAUAACAGUAUCUGACAUGGAAAAAUUAAUUGUUCCAGUGAGUAAUGAAGGUAAUGAUCUUAAGUACUAUGUUUUUAAUGAAGAAUUAUUUAAUAUUAUUCAUGAUACUCAUUUAACUAUCGGUCAUGGUGGACGAAACCGUAUGGAAUAUGAGCUUAAUAAAAAAUAUAAAAACAUUACAAGAGAAUCAAUUAUGUUAUAUUUAAAUCUAUGCAUAUCUGUAAAUAAAAUAAUAAACGAAUUAUGUAAUAUGUGGGAAGAUUUAAAAAUUGUACACGGAAAACCGAGACAUUCGCAAAGUCAAGGGUCCGUCGAAAGAGCCAAUCAAGAUGUGGAAAACAUACUUGCCACUUGGUUACAAGACAAUAAAACAAAAAAAUGGAGUGAAGGACUAAAAUUUGUCCAAUUGAUGAAAAAUCGAUCGUUACAUCAUGGAAUAAAAUGCAGUCCAUAUGAAGCAAUGUUUGGAUGUAGCGCUAAAAUUGGAUUAAAAUCAUCGGUACUUCCAAUAUCAAUAAUUAAUAAAUUAAAAACUGAAGAAGAUUUAGAGGCAGCUAUUACAUCCAUGAAUACUGGUGAUCAUUGUGAAGUUGAUGAAACAUUGAUUGAAGAAAAAAAUGAAGAAGAAAAAAUAGAUAAUAGAAUAAAUAAAAUAACUGCUGUAAGAACAGAGUCAGUCGUAAAUUUAAAAACUCAAGCUAAUCGAAUGAAAGAAGCAUCCGAAAAAAGAUUUUGUGAGGCAAAAGUGGGUGAAACCGUCAAAAUCAAAAUACCUGAUGUAGACAGAGCUCGCAGCGACCUUCGUUGUAUUCUUGGAGUUAUUCUAGCAGUUCAUGACGAUAACUAUAAGAUAGGAACUACCGAAGGAAAGUUGGAACACACAUAUAGUCGUAACCAGUUUACUAUGUGCAAAGAAAAAUUGGUUACUGUAGAGGAGGUGCCUGAUCUAACAAUUACAUUACGAGAAGCAGCGAGGAAAUAUUCAAAUUUAGGAGGACAGGGGUAUGAUAGGUGUAAUUGUACCCAACAAUGUUCAAAUAAAAAAUGUAAAUGUAAAGCGGCAGGGAAAAAAUGCAAUUCAAAAUGCCAUUCUAAUAAUAAUUGCAAAAAUAAAUAA